UAUUGCCCUGAGGAGGAGUGGGGGGAGCUGGAUUUGUUGUGAUUCUCUCGAGCCGGUUCGUAGAGUAUCAAAAUAAGAAAGGCUUCAAGUUUAGUUGUAAUUUUAAGGCUGUUCGGCUGAUUUUACAAAAGAAAUGGCCGACCGAAAUGUUGUGGCGACGUUGUCAUUGCUUAUGGCCUCUACAAUUCAGUCAUUAUUGGUUGCUGUCGUGAGAAGCCGUGCAUUAAGAAGAAGAGCUCUAUUUAUGAGAAGAGUAGCCGAGUAUUGUGCGAGAAUGCGCCGCGCGCACCUGAUGAGAGUUGCUGCGUUUAACCGUGAACGAAGACCGAAGAGGAUGUGGAGACGUGCAAGAUCCACCGACUGGUGGGACAGAAUUGUUCCGGGUUUUACUGAUGAGGAAUUUGUAGAAAAUUUUCGGAUGAGGCGUCGAACUUAUGAGUACAUUUGUGACAGACUGAGACACCGUCUAGAACCUCAGCACAACCCUAUCAAUGGUGCCCAGGGACUAUCUGUAGAAAAGGUAGUUGCGAUUGCAAUUUAUAAAAUGGCUUCUUUGACAGAGUACAGACAAGUUGGAAACCAGUUUGGGGUUCACAAAAGUACAGUGCACAACUGUCUGUAUGCAUUUUGUAUAGCCGUCAAUGAUGAACUUGGAGCUGAACAUAUACGCAUGCCUGAUGAAGCAGAGGCUACUAUCAUAGCAAAUCAAUUUGAAGCGAUUACUAACAUUCCUCAAAUAAUUGGAGCUAUAGAUGGAUCACAUAUUCCUAUUACUGGGCCAGAGACUGGGCGUGCUGAUUUCACUAACAGAAAAGGCUACUGUUCCUUUGUACUUCAAGCUUUAGUUGACUGUCAGUACCUUUUCAGAAAUAUUUCUAUCAAAAUGCCGGGAUGUGCCCAUGAUGCUCAUGUUUUUAGGGAAAGUGAGCUAUUCAAAAAUAGAGAAGAACUGAUGCCUAAGGGAGUAAAAGAAGUGGAUGGUAUGCGCAUACCGUUCUUUAUUGUGGGAGAUCCAGCAUACCCUUUGUUACCGUGGGUCAUCAAGAAUUACAGUUAUGAUGGCAGAACAACCCGGGAGAUGGACUCCUUUAAUUGUCAUAUGAAUCAGGGUAGGAUUGUAGUCGAGAAUGCUUUUGGACGUUUAAAAGCAAGGUGGCGUAUUCUUUUAAGACAAUCAGAGAUCCAUUAUACUUUUAUUCCUCAGCUAGUGGCCACUUGCUGUAUCUUGCACAAUAUAAUAGAAAGAAAUAGGGACAAUUUCAACCUCUUGUGGGACCAGGAAAUUGCUAAUGAAGCUGACAUACCCCCUCAGCCAGAUCUUGAGGCAUAUGAGGAGGAAAAUGAACCAGACGGUGCAGAUUUAAGACACCACCUCACAAGAUAUUUGGCCAGGAACUUUGAGCUACGCCGAUCAAUAAGAUGGCAUUAUGCUGGUGUGUAAUUUGUAAUGGCUGUUAAAGGAAGCACAUUUGACUUAAACCCUCCUUUUGCCUUUGUAAAAAUUCAUAUUAAUUAAUAAAAGCACUUUUUACAGCUAG